GGAUUUAGUGGUAUUCAGCCUAUAGACAAAAACAUUGAAAUCGAAAGUAGGUUUUAAAAGAUUUUUUGUGGCUAAUUUAAAAUGGCAAGUCCUACAGCUUGGCAAACGGAAAGAUCAUUUGAACAGACGAACUGGCGCAUGUUGCAAGAUGGUACACUUUGUGACGUCACUUUCUGGGUUGGGAAUGAAAAGAAAAAAGAAGUGAAAGCUCACAAGUUUAUCCUGGCGAGCAGUACAGUAUUCUAUGCUAUGUUCUGUGGUUCUCUCGCAGAGUCAAGUAAUACCAUACUAGUUCCAGAUAUAGAACCUGAGAUAUUCCGAACAUUAUUACAGUUCAUUUAUACCGAAGACUGCACAAUCAAUGAGGACAACGUCAUGCCCCUUUUAUACAGUGCGAAGAAGUAUGAAACUAAAAGGCUUACAGAGAAAUGUAAAGAUUACUUAAAUACCCAACUCUCCGUGGACAAUGUCUGUGUCAUACUACAACAUGCACACAAGUUCGAUGAUGGUGAACUAAAAGAAAAAUGUAUUGAGUUCGUUAUUAAGAAUGGGGAUGACGUACUAAAAUCCGAUGGUAUUCUUUCGCUGUCAAAAGAACUUCUUCAGAAAAUUAUUGAAUCGGAUAAUCUGAACGCCGACGAGUUGGAUAUUUAUGAUGCUUGCAAGAGAUGGGCAGUUGAGCAGCAGGAAAAAAAAUGUAAAACACAAGAAUAUCCCGAAACUGAACUUAGAAAGGAACUAGGGGAAUUAGUAUAUUCAAUAAGGUUCCCUACAAUGUCGUUUGAAACAUUUGCAAAACAUGUAGCCGUAGGAAACAUUUUAACAGCAGAGGAAAAGGUCAGCGUUUUUCAAAGCAUAGCAGAUGUCGACACUAAAACGCCAAUUUGCCAAUUUCAUAGUACUAAACGUAAACGAAUCCGAAAACAACACUUGAAGUUGUCAAGAUUCGAUUCAAACCAGGCCUGGCUCAGCGGUUGGGGUUAUGGUGGCAAAGUAGAUGCAAUUAACUUUAAAGUGACCAAUAAAAAUAGACUUGUAGGUGUGAGUUUGUUUGCUCCGUGUUUGGAGGGAACGUUACAGGGACAGGUUAGUUUAAACACAGGAACUUUUUCGUUAGCAUCUAGAAGUGAUUUUAGCAUAGAGUAUGAGCAGUCGAAGUACGUACAGGAUGUGCUAUUUGAUCAACCGUAUACAGUUGAACCAGGGAAGGAAUAUACAAUACAUGCUUUGCUGAAAGGCACACAGACAUAUUACAGUAAUAAUGGCAAACAGAAGAUUUCCUCUGGUACAUUUGAUGUGUCUUUCUUCGAAACCAAUGCAAGUACGAACGGCACAUCCGUAAAUAGUGGUCAAAUUCAUUCCCUUAUUGUAGAAUGAAAACGCAAAUUGAAGGGACUGGACUCUUUUUGCUUACAUGAUCCUUUUCUGAAAAAAUAAAAUGUGGUCAUAUUAUGAA